UGAGGUCCAGCCCACACAACUUGGUCUCGUUCCCUUAUUCGUGGGCCUUGCCCAGCCAUCCGUUCCACUCUGAAACUUUUGAACUCCCCGGCUUCCCCGCGUUCGAGUCGGGGAGCCGGAGCCGGAGUCUGGACGAGGACGAGAGAGAGAGAGGGCAAGAUCGAAGACUCCUCGGACGAGACGAGGGCGGGCGGAGCUGUUAUCCAUUCCAUUCCUCUCAGUUGUUAUUGUGUAUGGUAUUUGUAUGUGAUGUGUGAGCUGAGCCGCCGGUAGUGGUGGUGGUGGUGCUGCUGAUAUUCUUCCACCAUUAGCCAUGUCCAACGAAUGUGGAGAAGCAGAAGAAGAAAACUUAGUACUCACAGAGGAUCAGAGGGCUCGAAUUUCUCACAAGUUUAAAGCAGCUAAGGCCCUCCUUGCUCGGAAACGCCCUCGCUUCUCCCUCAACAGUUCGCUUCCCCAGGGUCACUAUCAGCUUGAAUAUGAUGGAAAGACACCAUCACCUCCUUCGGUUGGGUCGAUCAUCAAGAGAGUACCUUUCUCUGAAAUUUCUGUCAACACCCCUUCUCCACUCCAUAUCAAGGGGUUCAAACAGAGAAGUGCUGAGGGUAGUAGCACAACACCUAGUCCUCCCUCUGGGGGCUUUACCAUCCAUAAGACCCGGUCAACCAACAGGCUCCCAAUUGCUGGGAUUGCAUCGAAGGAGAGAUGUUGCGAUUCGGAUGAUUCCUUCAGGAAUUCUGCAAAAGAACGAGAGGAAUAUAUUAGUUCUAGUGAUACCCUUCCGACUCCCAGCAUUCUGGAUGACGACUUCGAUGAUUCCCUUUUGGAAGAAAUCGAUGCUUUGUGUUACCAUGAGCUCUCGCACAGGCACAGCAAGGCUGAUAUGAGAUGCCCAACCCGUGAAUCUGAUAAUGGCAGCAAUGAUUUUAACUCAGCAUCCCUCCACAUUACCGAGAACAUUGAGAGCCAAAUACCAGUUCAAAAUGAGGAUUCAUUGCCAUUUGUUCCAGAGGGAAUGGGCUCUCCUGCAAUGAUGAAAAAGCUUGACAUGCCCCUACAGUACUCCAAAUACUUGGACUCUCUGAAUGAAAGGCAACGCGAGGCAGCCUUCAGUGACAUUGCAACCCCCUUAAUGAUCGUCGCCGGACCAGGAAGUGGCAAGACUUCUACUAUGGUUGGGCGUAUCUUGGUGUUACUAAAUGAGGGUAUUAAUCCUUCAAAUGUACUGGCGAUGACUUUCACCACUGCGGCUGCUUCUGAGAUGAGAGAUCGAAUUGGAGCCAUUGCUGGGAAAGAAGCUGCGAAAGAGCUCAAAAUCAGCACAUUCCAUUCAUUUUCUCUUCAACUUUGCCGAUCCCAUGCUGAUAAGUUGGGCCGGACACAAGAGUUCACGAUAUUUGGGCAAGGGCAGCAGAGGAGAGCUGUCAUUGAGGCAAUGAGGUUGUUACGAAAUGAAAACAGUAAACAAGAUGAUGAACUCUGCAAGUUUGUUGAAGACCCUGGUGGUAUUAAUUCUCCUCAGUAUCUUAAGGACAAGUCAAGGAAGUGGCAGAAAUUUGUCACUCAAGCUAAAGCUUCUGGCAAGACUACUGGAUAUUAUAUUAAGAUGGGCAAUGAUAUUGAAGCUGCGGUUCUUGAACAUUACAACGACAUUUUAAGAUGUUGCAAUGCUUUGGAUUAUCAUGACUUAAUCAGCUGCUCCGUAAAGCUGCUCACUGAUUUUCCCGAAGUGCUCAAGGAAUGCCAGGAUUUGUGGAAAGCCGUUAUAAUAGAUGAGUUUCAGGACACAAGUGCUAUGCAGUACAGUCUACUGCGAAUCCUUGCUUCGCAUAACCAUAUUACGAUAGUCGGUGACGAUGAUCAGUCAAUUUUCAGUUUCAAUGGCGCUGAUAUCUCUGGGUUUGAUUCAUUUCGUGAAGAUUUUCCAAAUUAUAAAGAGGUUAGGUUAAAUAAAAACUAUCGUUCCACUCGAUGCAUUGUGGAAGCUGCAACAUCUCUAAUACAGAAUAAUGUAAAGCGUUGCCGACUUAAGGAUGUUGUUACUGAUAAUUCUUCGGGAUCCAAGGUAACUAUCAAGGAAUGUCACAAUGAAGAUGCACAGUGUACGUUUGUGAUCGAUAAGAUCUUGGAAACAAUGUCCAGUGGCUCCACUGGUGCUUCUUCCUUUGGAAGCUUUGCUAUUCUGUAUCGUAGGCAGGUAUCCGGGAAAGUUUUCCAAGCUGCGCUGCGUGAUAGAAAGAUACCCUUCAACGUUCAUGGUGUGGCCUUCUACAGAAAAAAGGUAGUAAGAGCUAUUUUUGCUAUGCUAAACACAACAUUGCCUGGCUGUGAUGAUGUCCACUAUCGCCGAGUCUUUAAGGCUUUACUUCCCCUUGAGAAAGAGGAAACAAAGAGGGUAAUCAAUCAUAUUGAUAAGAUCUCCACAGUUAGAAAAUGCAGCUUCAUAUCAGCUGCAUGUGACAUAUUCAGUGCGAAGGUCUCCGGUACAUUUAAGAGGAGUCAACUUGCACAGGGACGGAAAAUAUUAUUGACACUGGAUAUGAUAACAAAACUGGUUCAGCGGGAGCAAUCUAUUUCAACCGUGAUAACUUCAGUGGCAACCAUGAUACCCCAGAGAUAUCUCCUAGAACAGCGAGCAGUUGUGGACAGCGAUGGAGGGAAAUUGCUGAAUGAAGACAAUGACAUGAGAUCUGUUCUUCAGUACCUGCUUGACGAUGUGGCCAACUUUAUAUCAACCCAUUCCACUGCAGCAGAAGAUAGAGAUGAUAAAGAAGAAGGAAGAGGUUGUCUCAGUGCACUCCAAGCUUUUGUUGGUUAUACAUCUGAGAGAGAGCGGGGAAAUUUUCAUUCUCGUAGGCAUGACAAUGAAAAUUCUGUCACCCUGACCACCAUUCAUCAGUCUAAAGGCUUAGAAUGGGAUGUGGUAUUCAUUGUGAAGGCCAAUGAAUCAGAGAUUCCAUUGUUGCAUGAAUUUAAUGGUGUUUCGAAAGAGAGCGGGAGCUCCUUGGAGGAGGAAAGGCGACUCUUUUAUGUGGCAAUGACACGUGCUCGGAAGAAACUGUUCAUUUUGCAAGUUACGAUGGAUUCAAGUUGGCAGAUGCUUCAGCCAUCACGUUUUCUGAAAGAAAUCCCAGUUCAUCUGCUUGACAUUCAGGUUGAUUUAAGCAGAAGGAAUGUAUCGGCGGUCGAGCAUCAGAUUUCAAAUGGCACCGCUCAGAAAUCAGGUGAGAAGGAAUGUUCUGCAGAAGAACCAAUACCAGAUGAGUCUCGUGGAGUUCUUAAUGACACGGCUAUUGAGGAUGGAGCCAUAAUGGUGGAAGCCUAUAAUGGAAACAAUUUCCUGAAAGGAUUCGAUGUGGAUGAGAGAUCAGUCGUUUCUCAUUUAUUUCAUCAAUGGGCCAAAAGGCAAGCUUUUAAAGACCCUAAAAGGUUGCUUGGCAAGGUUGGGUUUGUGAUUGAUGAGCGGCUGAGAGUUCAGAAGAACAAGCAUAAGGAUGUUUUACGUGCACUUAAGUCCUGCUUGAACUCUGAUGAAGCAUUUCAGUAUGCAGAAUAUGUUUUAAGGUGGGAGCAACUACCAGCUGAUCAACGUGCUCAUCUAAUGCGAGAAAAACAGGAACAUUUUCAGAAACUGAGGAUAGAGAAGUCUAUGGGUUCGGCAGCCCCAACAUCUAAACAGAUAUCGUACCUGCAGAAUUUGGGAUGCACAGUGACCCCAACAUCGCGUCUCCAUGCUUGUCGGCUUAUUGAGCGGUACAAAUCUUUAUGAACUCGCUCACUUACUAACUCGCUCAGGCAGAUGAAAAUUAGACAAGUCAUUUGGGACUUGAAAGGGUGGCUGCCUGCGAUGCGAUGUGGCUUUCCCGGUGGUGACUGGUAGACUAUAGUUAAUUUUAGUGACGUCUGCAAGUCCAGAAGGAGUGUCGAGCUCACCAUAUGUAAGAGUGUAGUAGCUGACGAAAGUGAGCCAACCAGUUCUGGAUUUGCAAUAAGCUUUAAUUAAGACAUUUAUUAUUAUUAUUAUGGAUUUGUUUAUUUGUGGGUAAUGAUGGAUGUUGUUUAUCGGUA